CUCCCCCUCGAAACCCCAGUUAUAUUAUUGUGGUCUCUCUCUAGCUAGUUAGCUUGCAAAACAAAGAAGAGGACACGGGAAAUCAGAAGCAAGGAGCUAGCUAUCAACAGCACCAAAAACAACAAGCAAUAAUACAAAACACGUUAGAUCUUCCACUAAAGCCAUUCAUUGGCGAGCGCGCGGUAGAGAGAAAUGACAACUUCUGUGCUAGGUACCGAGCGAACUGAUUUGAACUACAAAGAGACUGAGCUGUGUCUGGGAUUGCCUGGUGCUGUUGGUGCCAAGAAUGAAGUUGAGACACCUAAUAAGGCUACUGGGAAAAGAGGGUUUGCUGAGACUGUUGACUUGAAGCUUAAUCUUCAGGCUAAAGAGGGUGUCAUGGAUCUGAAUGAGAAUAUCAAGAAUAUUACUUCAAAGGACAAGAACCACCUUCCUGCUGUUACCAUCAAGGACCCUGCUAAGCCACCGGCCAAGGCACAAGUUGUAGGUUGGCCACCAGUUCGAUCUUACAGGAAGAACGUUAUGGCUCAGAAGAACGCCAGUGAGGAAGGCGAGAAGGCAAGCACUGGCGGCAGCAGUGCAGCAUUUGUGAAGGUCUGCAUGGAUGGUGCACCCUAUCUUCGCAAGGUGGACUUGAAGAUGUACAGGAGCUACCAAGAAUUAUCUGAUGCCUUGGCCAAAAUGUUCAGUUCCUUCACCAUGGGUAAUUAUGGAGCCCAGGGAAUGAUAGACUUUAUGAAUGAGAGCAAGUUGAUGGAUCUACUUAAUAGUUCCGAGUAUGUGCCAUCCUACGAAGACAAGGAUGGUGAUUGGAUGCUCGUGGGUGAUGUUCCAUGGGAGAUGUUUGUCAAUUCAUGCAAGCGCCUGCGCAUCAUGAAAGGAUCUGAAGCCAUUGGACUUGUUUCAGCACCAAGAGCCAUGGAGAAAUGCAAGAGCAGAACCUGAACCUUGUAUACUCAAUUUAUUUAGCUUCCCUACUGAACUCCCUCUUUUCAGCCUUGUAUCCAUGAAGACCAGGAGACAAGGCACUUGUGCAACGUGGGUGGAGCAGUAGUGGUGUUUCCUGGAUCUGUCUGUACUUUUUUUUAUUAUUAUUAUUUUUGAGGAGAUGUGUCUGUAUUUUCGUUUGAUCGUAUAUAGAUAUCAAAGAUCUAGACAUUUGUAAUGGACAAGAAGCAAGAACUUAACCCCCUGUUGUCUGGCUUGUUUAUUACUAAUGGCUUGCGUAAUAAUUUACCUA